AUGGAACCAAAGCUUGUAACAAGGAGAAGUUUAUCUGCUGUUCCGAUUAUAACUGUUCCUCCCCAAUACAAAGUAACUAAGGGAACUGAAAGAUCUCGACGAGGCAGCCGAGUGAUGUUCUUGGACGAAAAUGGCAACGAAAUCGUUGACGAAGAAAGCAAGGAUCCUUACCAGGGACAUGUCAAGGGGUUUUCCAAGGAAGGACGGCUAUUACCUAGCAGCGCUACGCUCAAUUUGAGAAGAAGAAGCACUUCUCUCGACGCCGCAAGGUUCACGGCUUGGUACAACAGCAGAAGGAAUAGUAGCUUACGGCGAGAUCAGUUUUUACAGUCAUUUGGUAAAGCCAGCAUUAGAUACCCAAACUUAAAUGAUGAAGAUAUAAUGGAAACUACGGCUCAUGUGGCAACAAGGAUAGACGUUUCUGCAUUUGAGGCAGAAACUCUUGACGGUGAUGUUCUCGACUGCAGAAAAAGGUCUCAAUCUGCCGGACCGAUUUUGCAUCGCCCGUCCUCCAGCAUUAAAAGUGACUUAAACGCGCACAAGCAUGUGCUUGAAAUUCGCGGUACGGAAUACACGGGUGAUCUACCAGAUCUCGCCGACUUAACAGCUAAGAUCAGACAGCAGUCUGCGAAACGACGCAUCAAACGUAUCAUGGAAGCGGACAAAGAAAAAGCUGAACAAGAAAGACUAAGUAGAGAGGAGGAGGAGAGGCGAAAAACUGAGGCACUCAAAAACAGAAGACGGACUCUCAAAAGCGCCACGUUCGCUGUCAUGGCUAUGAACGUUUCAGCUGCAGGAUUUAACUUUAAGAGUUUUACAGAGAAGAAAAAAUGGCUGGCUGAGAAGAGAUCGUGGACCAAGCAAAUUGUAAGUAAACUGGAAACAACCUUUUUUUUUUUACCUCGACAUAAGGCUGCUCUUCACGAAGCUAAUUCAAUUAAUACUGCUUUUUAACAAUCUAAUUUAUAUUUUUUGAAAUCCAAUAACAAUUUAAUUUCAUUCUCAACUUUAAUUUUUCUUUAACGCUCGCAUUUUGCAAUAACAGUUUUAAGAGAAGAUUUUAUCUCAACUAUAUUACUUGAAUUCAGUCCAUCCUAGUCCAUCCUAGACCUGAUAAAGGUGUCAUGGUUCUUUCUUUUCAUUGAUAACAGCAGUGCAGAGUGUCAAAAAAAGAGAAGAACAAAAGGCCCCGCCCUGCUUUUCUCUCAUAAUGGCCGGGGGACAUAUCAUCCUCUUACUGUUAAAGGCCACCCGAUAAACUCCCGUUACUAGCCCCCCCUUAAUUUUUCAGUCGUAGUUAGCCCUAAGAUCAAGCAUAAAAAAACUUUUUGGGGUGGUUUUUGCUUGCUCUAUUACUUCCAAUACCUCGCUGCGUCCGAUCAAUUGUGUCAUAAAAUAUCUUCCUUCUCAUAGGCAAAAUCCAAGUUUAGUUGGGCUAUUCGGGUGGUGAUGGUUCUUGGAAGAGUUCUCAAGGCUCUGAUGUCAUACUCCGCUGACAUGACACCGGAGACCGCGGCUCAGAGGUCAUUUCGGACAUUGAGAGAUAAUUCUGAAGUUAAGGAGAUGCUAUUCAACAAGUCAUUGUACCAGAGAGGAAAAUCAGUAAGAACAUACAUAUUGUUUUCUGACCGUGGUGACCGAAUACAGUAUCUCCGAGUAAAUUGCACCACACAGAACAUGCAUCAGUUUCUUUCAAUAAUAAAUAUCAAAUGUACAAGGAAAACGUUAAUGUCCCAAAAAUAUUGAAGUAUGAAUACAGUUUUUUUGCCCAAAUGCCCAAUACUUUAGUCAACUAGCUAUGAGAGAUCGGGGAGGUGAUAUACUGAGAGAAUAAAAUGAAAGGUCUAAUGUAUGGAAAGAUAACUUCAGUUCACACUAAAACUGAAAUCCAUAGAAAACAGUACAUGAAUGGAACGGUCACUAGAAAUUUUUAGCGUUCCUCCAGCUAUAGAAAAUUCCAUGAAAUUUUUGCUUCUCCGAACAGUUUACAGAAAACAGUCGUUGGUUGCCCCUGAUUUGAGGUAUACAGUCGAGCCUCCCCUAAGCGACCACCUAAAAUGCAAAGGGUUGGUGGUCGCUUACGAGAGUCGGACCGAAGGGGCGAAACUGUUAGGUCAAUCUUGAAUGGAGUGGCAUAUUUAUUCUAAAAGAAUAAUGAAAGUUUACUUUCCCCUGCCCAUUACUGGUAGUUUUAUUGACAAAAGCAUUCUAUAUGACACUUCAUUUAUAACGUGCGUUAUAAAUUUGAGGUGAAAAAAUUUAACUUGUAAUCUUGUACAGAAAUGUCCCUAAAACGUCUGAGGAACAAAAACUUAACUUCUUAAACUGAAACCUGGAAACCUGAGUCUUUUUCUCAAGGGUCAAGGUUAAUAUUGUUGAUCUAGAUGUGUAGACAAAAAUGACAGCCAGAAAAUAAGUUCCUUUAAUUUUGUCCAUUUUCACAAUGUACUUCACUGCAAGUUUAGUAAGAACAUGUGUCAAGUGGUUGCUUACCGCAGCUUGAAAAUAAUAGAAAAUUCUAAAACUGUCCGCCGAAAAAGUGGUCGCAGUCGCUUACGGGAGGUGGUCGUAAGUUACGUGAGGUUCCAGUAUAAGGCCUUGACUGAGAACAUUUUUGGUGUUUUGGGAAGGUGGUCGCUUAUAGGAGGAUACGAGGUGGUCGCCUACGGAAGGUGGUCGCACGUGGAGGUUCGACUAUAUAUCAUAUCAUAUCAUGUUAAUUGUAUAGGUAACUUCAUUCUAGGUCCCGUAGUUUUCCCAGGUAGCGGUUUCUACCUGCGUGUUUAGCUUGAGUCAAAGUUUCGAUUUCUGAACAUUUUUUUCUUUCCUCUUUCGUCACGUUUUUUUUUUUUCAUGGGCAUUCACUGUUUUGCAAAUUUUUAUUUACUGACCAAAACGUUUCUGUAUCAUAUUCCCCCAUAGCAAUACGCUUAUGUUCCCUCGUGGGCCAAGAAGAUCUUGGACAAACCAGCAAUGGAAAGGAGCGAGAACGAGUUGAGUCAGUUACACUCCAUGCUUAAAGGACUGGCAUCAUAUGAUAAAUUUACCUACCGCAUUCAGCUGGCUAUGUGCAGAGCAAUGACAUAUACCAAGUAAGGCUAAACUACAAAACUGAGCUAUCACAACAACAACAAAACUGACUUGAGGGAUGCUAUCGCUUCUUCUAUUGGCGAUGACUUGCAAGGAAAACUAGGUCAAAUUUUGUUCCCUUAAAUUAAUCUAUAAUAGUGCAAUUUAAGACUCAAAAAGAGAUACCGUCAUUUCGAGGUCCCACCAGCAUUGACAGCCAUUUUCUGGUCUUGUGCCUCUCCUGAUUAUUUGCUUUCCACUUUACAUAAGGCCCCUCCCCGGGGUGCUGCCCAACGACGUUUGAUAUAGAAUGUUUCCCUUUUGUUGGAUACAUAAACAGACCAUGCAAACAUCAUGGAACAGCACCAUCUGUUGCGAAAAUUCUUUCAUUCAAAUUUUUUCAUGAGCCCUCUCUUCUAUUAAAAGCAAGUGAAGUGAGCACACUUUUUUUUUCUCUGUUAAGUGCUUUCCAUCGCUGCGCCAAAUCGCAUGAAUCCUUAACUUUCUUGGUGAAAAGAUUUUGGGAAAGUAAAUGUAGUUCCAGCUGGAGUAAAAUCUCCUUUGUGGUUGUGCUCAGGCACGCAACAACUCGAAAUAAACCAUAUCGAUCGACUCAAUCGCUAAGACGCACAGUGAAAACAAAGCUCUUGAUGCCUAACUAUCCUCGCUUUUGCGCAACUAGACCCGGGCCUGCUGAGAGGUUCGCCAUAUUUGCAUUCGGUGUAUGCGCCGAGUUCCAGCCCCUUACCCUUUUAUAUGCCAUUUUUGAUCGAAAAGGUACCCUUGUGUAUACCUUCUACGGACCAAUGGUAUUCCUUUCACAUACCUAAAUUAGAACGCUGCAUUCCCUUUAACUGCUGAGAAUACAGUCUUUACUGACUGCUUUAAAAUAUGAAUAAAUCACUAUAACGGGAAGUUUACUUCUUUUUUUUUUUUUUACAGCCCUAGAAUGUGUCUGUUAACCCUUUUAGUCCUUUUAUAGAUCGAAAUAGCAGAUUUCUUUACCCUGACAUAUACUUAAACUCUUGGAAUCCCUACACUUUGAUAUACCUGCAGCCUGAAAAAGAUACUCCUUUCAAGCGGAGCCUCCCCGUAUAUGACGUUACAGGGAGUACCCCCUCCGGGAUAAAGCCUUUACGAGCAGGGCUCCUUUAGGUGAUAAUGAUUCAAUGCCAUCAUAUAUAAUACUUCCUUGCAGAGUGGAACACCCCCGCGUAAUAUUGCGCAAAGGACAUACAGGGGUGAGUUUCUAUUUCAUCUUCUCUGGUUCUGUGUUUGUGAACGUCGAGGAACUUUUACUCAAGACUGGUCACGUGAUGUGGCACACAGCAAUCACGCUACAAAGAGGGGAUAGUUUUGGGGUAAGCGCUUACAAAUUACAUAUUAGAGAGUUUAAGAAUUACGUUUACGGUAAACGGCAAACGGCAAACGUCUGAUUCAAGUUGAUAUUCAGAUUAGGAAAAUGAGCAGAUACAAAUUGUCCAAAAUGAUAAUACCUUUUCGUAAAGUCAUAUAAAGAAGAGUAAACGACUCUGAAACGACAAGUGGAGGCGGAAAACUUGAUCACACAAGUGAUAUAAAUUAACGUUUACUGUUUUGCCAUACAAGUGAUUCUAAAUCUUCCUUUUCAUGAGGAUCACUGUUAUCAAUAGAUCUCUUGAUAGAUAAGUGCAAAGGUUCAAAGGUAAUCGAUGCCAUGGCCUGUGGACGAAGCGUGCAACAGGUGGUAAAACCAUUUGCAUUUAUUUAUUUACAUUCGCUUCCAGAAUAUUUUAAGUAUUAGUCACGUGCCCAUGUCCAGGAUAUACGGGCUUGGUUGUUCUUGUUUUUUUUAAAAAUUUCAUGUCACGUUCAACAAUAGAAAGCUUGUAAUACGUCAAUAGUUUCUUUCCAAAGGUUGCAUAAGCACUUGCAUAAUUUGCCUUAUCUAUGUUUUCUAAAGGAGCUUGCUCUUCUAAGAAAUAUCAAAAGAACGGCUUCAGUUGUGGUGAGAGAGGACGCCGAACUUCUCGUCGUUGAAAAAGACGUGUUCUCCAAAACAUGUCCCAAAAUUUUUGACAAGGAGCUUGUAGACAAGAUCAAAUUUUGCAAGUAAGUGGCAACAAAAGCAUUUAUCGUUUUAUGAAAGUAGUUUUAUAAUCAGCUUCAAAUUCGUAUUUUUUGUCAGUUUUUCAAAUAGCCCAAGUGUUUUAAGCCUUCGAAUUUUUUAUAGACAUCAAGGUUUCCAUUUGCUAGUAGGAACAAGUUUGUUUUAGUCGUGAAACUUAAAAUUAAAAUUCGAAGCGUUUGAUCGAACGAAGGGGUUAUAUACCGUCACGUGAUUUUACGCUCCUGAUGACAUCAAUUAUCGUACUUGGUCAAAUGGGGGUACAUUUGCACAUUAAAUAUGUCAAAGUUUUCGAGGUUAAAAUAAUCUUAGAUCCCAGUUAACAUAACCCCGCCUUUUAAGGUGGUAUCAAUUGGUACAUUUGUUAAGUCACGUGACCUGUUUUACUUAAAUAACCGCUUCCGAUAACACAUGGACAUUAUCAAAACGGGCAACAAAAGGAAAUACAGUUUGACUAAUUAUUCCCCAUUUUCGCUACAAGUCGACUGUGAGUCAGGUGACUUGGAUUAUCAAAGAAAAAAUAUCAAAAGUGUGCAAGCGUAAACUACUUGUAAAGUUUUACAAAAAUGAGAGAAAUAGUUCUACAGUACUUGAAAUCAAAAUCCACUAAAUCUGUGGUUUACAAGCUUUUUACUGAUACACACAAUAAUUUGACUACUGUCAGUAAUAAGAACCGGCACCGUACAAACGACCGUAUUGACGGGAUCAAGUAAAACUAACUACGAGAGAACGACUGGACAACUGACAAUUUGACUAACAAUAAACGACUGUUUAACUGUGAUAAUAGACGGAUUGAAACGCACCAAUGACAUUAAUUACGAGUCAUCAUAGCCAAUAACAUCACGGCUUAACUGAAAGACGACCAGUAACAUCGCGACUUAAUUGACCAAUCAAGUCAAUAACCAGAGUUUAAUACCGUCAACUGACUUAAUACAACUCACUAUGACUCUGAAGAUGACUACCGAACAGGUUGUUGAAACGUUAGUCACUGUCAACAACGGUUCUAUUCAGGACUAUAACGUUCACCCGGACGAUCAUACUCAACCUACUUAUGAAAAGACUCCUAGGUUCAAAACUUUCACAGUAAUAAGAAUAUUGCUAACAUGGUUUCCAACAGGAUCCAGUUUAAUUAAAGCCAAUUCUUGAGUCCUUUCAUUGCGCACUUAGUAAGGGCUGCCUCGACCCCCUUCGUAGGGACCUUCCCGAUAAAGGAGAUGAGGUUGGAUAGAACUAAGCGUGUUUUCAUGUAAAUCCCUAAGAAAACAAAGUCAAAUACUGAUUCAUGUCAAUUGGUUUUCUAGGAGUUUGUCUUUAUUUCGACAGUGGACUGAUGAUGCUCUUAAAAAUGUUUGUAUUGAGGCACAAAUUCAGGAGGUAAGAAAAGUUGUUGACAAAUACUCGGUAUGGAACUAGCAAACGAAAUUCUCAUGUUCCGGAUAUGGUAGUGUAGUGAAAGCGGUGUUGGACUUCAGUUCUGAUUGUUGGGGAUAAAAAAAACUCCAUUUGAUCCAGCAUUGUCCCUUCCUACCUUCUUGCCAACUUACAUUACAUGCUAUUUUUACCAUUUUAGUCCUAUGACUGACUGGUUAAUCUUUUCUCUUUUCAGUGGAAGGCAAAUAAAAUUAUCGUAAAAGAUAGCAGCAAGGAGGUGGAAUGGAUUAAUCUUUGCAUGCAAGUAAGUUUUACGUUUACUCAUGUGAUGUGUUGAUGAUAACCUGUUCCGAUUUUAAAGAUGUAUUUAUCGAUAAAAUACUGUACCCUUCGAAUCCAGCAGUCAAUUUUUGUAGUCAUAUAUAUAUGAAAAUAAAGAUUAAGUUAAAUAAUAACAAUACAUUAAUAAAUAGAGAAUGCAAGAUCUUUAACUUUUGAAGCCAGCCAGCAAGUAAGACAAUGAGCUAGUUUGUCAGUCGGUCAGCCAGUCAAUCAGCCAGUCAGGCAAUCAUGUCAGUCCGUCAGUCAGUCAGCCAGUCAUUCAGUCAGUCAGUCAGUCAGCCAGUCAGUCUGCGGGUCAAUCCGUCACUUAGUCAGCCAGCCAUUCGGUCAGUCAGUCAGUCAGUCAGUUAGUAAGUCAGUCAGCCAGCCAGUCGGUCAGUCAGUUAGUCACUCAAGCACCCAGUCAGUCCGUCAGGCUAUUAAUCAGUCAGCCAGCCAGUCAGUCAGUUAGCCAAUCAAUCAGUCAGUCAGACAGUCAGUCAGUAAUUCAGGCAGUCAGACAGUCAGACAGUCGUUCAGUCAGUCAGACAGUCAGACAGUCAGCCAGUCAGUCAAAUUGGCAUUAUUACAAUGUUAUUUUUCUUUUCAAGGGGAAGUGUUCAGUUAUUAAAGCACUUGAUCUGCGAGCUCAACUCAAGCUGCCUCGACCAAGACGAGCUACCAAUGAAGAAUAUUUUCCAAUGGGUCUAAUUGGAAGGAAGCGAAGAACUCAGUCUGACACGUCGAAAAUCUGGCUCAGAGAGUUGGAGGAGAGCUUGAAGACACCCUACAGCUUUAACGACAGUAAUAAAGUGGAUGAACAUCGAGAUGAAAAUGAAAGGUAAAACGAAAAAAUAUACUACGAUACAGAACUAUACUAUAAAGAAAUAAGGCAUGUCACACCAUGAUGAAAUCACGCGGUUAGGCAAAAGAUUGCGUUGAAUUGCAAUGCUAUGAAAUGCAAUGCAACGUAACGCUACACAGCUCAACUCAAAGUACUUCAACGUAUGAGAAGUAACAAUAAUAUAAUUAGGGAGCUUAAGCAAGAAUCUACGACGACGACAACGUUUAAAACGUCGCUAAAAAAAUUAAUUUGCGCCCUUUCAAACUUUAUCGCGUCUGUUUGGACCCGCCAAAUUUGUCAAACGUAAGCGGCUAUUCUUAGAGGUGAAUUGUUAAGGACUUCAGUUGUCCACGGGUCAAUUUAAUAAAACUUUUACAAGUGUAGCCAUUGUUUUAGGGUCCGAAAACAAUAGCUACACUUGAAAAUUACUGAAUCUUGUGAAAGUUUUAUUAAAUUGACCCCUGGGGUCAAAAAGAGAAAGGAGAAUUCGUCGUGGUAUGUUCACGUCCUCCAUAAAACGUCGCAUUAGGAGAUUUCGUAGUCGUGCAGGUGACGUCAAAGAAAUAUACUAAAAGGGUUUGCAAAUGCAGAGCUGUUUUUGCUCAAAAAACAAAUUUUUUGACGUUGUCAUUGUCGUCGUCGUAGCGCGUGGUUGCUUGGCUCACUAAUAUAAUACCGACAUGAAAGCGUAUUGCGAUUGGUACUACCUCGCUGCAAUCCAGACCAACAGAACAGCAAUAUGAGCACAAUGCAUGCGAUAAAAGAACCGAACGCAAUGCAAAAUGAUACGAUGCUGAUGAGCGUAUAGCAGAUUAAUAUGUUUGAUUGAUUUUUGCUGAUUUUAAAGUAAAUCAACCACCAGAAAUGACAUGUCAGCAGAAAAAUACUAUGGCGUUAUUGCUGACUUCAUUCUAUAUGUACAGGAAUACCUGGUCUGAAUCUGAAUACGAGUCAUCAGACGAUGAAAAAAACGGUGCCGAGAAGAUUCUUGAGGCGAUGGACCUUCCAUAUAAGGAUCAACCGCACGCCAAGGGAGAUUCGAGUUACAUCCUUAACGAAGAUGACGAGGACGAGGAGGAAGAAGAAGAACCAAAACAGACCGAGUGCGCAGAAAUCCUCCCUGCUGAGCUGGAGAAAAGGGACAAUAAUAUAUUCGAAGAUUUUUCUGAACUGAUUAAAAUUGAGUCCAGAGCUGGAAAAUUAAAUAAAGACGUGGUAUAUCUAAACAUUGCUUCGAUGAAAAGUGGCGAUAUCUUUGUAAGUACUAAUAGUCAAACAGAAAUGUUAAAAAAGCUAAUAUAUAGAUUUAGCCGGGGCUAAAAGCGAAGCUCUCGUAAAUAUAUAUCUUAUACUUUACUCAAGUAAAAAAUAAAUUCGUGUAAUGCUAAAUGACGACGGCAACGAGAACGGCAAAAAAAUUAAUAGGUCUAAUUAGCAAAAAAAAACCAGCUUUGCACGUGUAGCACACUUUUUUGUACGUUUCUUUGCUUUUUUUUGCACGACAACAACGUGAAACUUCCUAGUUACAUGUUUUAUAGAGGAAAUGUCGUAUAUGUUCCUGCUUGCUUUUUUUUCCCUGCGGCUUAUUUUUACCUUGGUGGCCUCUAGAAUUUCUCAUUUUCUCACUUUCAUUUUUUGUUCCAACGAAAUUCGUGUCACCGGAUCCCGUGCCGUCAUUGUCAUGACCAAAAAGUUUUAAUCUAUUAAAACCUGAUCCAAUAUCGUCCAACAAAAUUCAACAGCGUCAAACAAGGUGUUUAAAACGAACCUAACACGGUAUGCAAGAGUGUUUAAUCGUAAAGUCAGAUUAUAUUACGUGGGAUCAGCUUAAACGAUAACACAUAAUAGGCUGACUUAGCAACAGAACGGGAACGUCUGUUGACGACUGCGCGCGCAAAUCAAACAACUGAAUUGACCAAUGGCAGAGCGGCAAAUUGGGUACCGGAAGUCGCGUUUAGUCCUUUCCGCGCCCUUACCCGUCGUCAAAUGACGUUCCCGUCCUGUUGCUAAAUCAGCCUACCGAGGUUACUAGGACGCGCAUUUAUUAUUUGAGUUUUGAGAACACUGCUAAUUAUUAGGAGGUGGAGCAUGAUCGUGCGAGUAAACGUGGUCCUGAAUAUAGGAUUGUUGUUGAUAGUGACUGGCGUUUCAGAGUCAAAGUGUAUCAGUUGAUCAAUGAUGAACGAUGAUGUUGACGAAGACGAUGUCCGUCGUGAUAAUGGAAAUUAUGAUAAUUAUGAUAAUUAUGAAUUUCAUUUGCAGGAUGUAUCACAGGUUCUCAGACCGACAGGGCGGAAGUUCAUGUUGGUCAGCAAGGGAGCAGUCAUGUUGCGAAUAAAACGAGACGACUUCUUCCGGUACUCUACCAAACAUACACUGAGGCAGGCCAGGAAAGCAGUGCAAGAACUUGAGUAAGACAACGCAGAUUACGUUUAAAAAAAAUCACUGCAUCAGAAAAAAUUAGUGACAGCAACUUGCAGCGAGGAAAUAUUACAGACGCGGGUCUAGAAGUAUCGGCCUGACAAGGGGAGGGGGGGGGGGGGGGGGGGGGGUUUCUCAAAUAACUAUUUUUCCCCUCCGGGGAUGCCAUUUCACCUAAAAUCGACAAAAUCUUUAACACCGACUACCAAAAUAGCCCUACCAAAAAAAAAAAAAACAAGAACAUAAAAAAAAAAUUCAAAGGGGGGGGGGGGGGGGGGGGGGGGGGGGGGGGGGGGCGGUAGUGGUAUACUGACAUACCAAUUUUCUCCUCAUGAGAUGCCAAUUUACCUUAAAAUUGAAAAAUCUUUGAUACCGAAUACCUAAAAUUGCCUUGCAAAACAAGAGAACACAAUGAACCUAAAAAUGAAUUGUCAAGUUACUGAGAAAGAACACACCCAAAUACAAAGUAAAACUUUUGCAAUCGCUCACGAGCUUUUUCCAUUUUCUCCUUGACACUAAGAAUUGUACAAAUCUCGCGUCUAAAUGCCAAAACUUCAGGAAAACGAGAUACUCUAUGCCGUUGUGAUACUAGAAUACUGUAUAGCUGAAUAAUUAAAAAAGACCUUGGAUACCCUAAUGCUCUAACCCCCAGCUGGCGGGGCUUCAUAUGUAGCACUUAAGUCGCAUGUACUAUUAAACAGUAGAAUUAAUUUUUGAUACAAACUCUUGCUCGGCUGAUUACUAUUCAUUAACUUUGAUACAGAUCUGCACUCUCUGUGCUUUAAAAUGUUCUUGAUGUUUUUUUAUUUAUUAUUUUUUCAGCUAUCCACCAGAAGAAAUAAUUUACCGCUCGUACAACGAGCGUUGCGCCUGGGAAAAGCUUAAAAGCACACAGCUACAAUCAGUAAUGAACACUGUACAAGAGAAAUGUAUACGCCAUAACAUUUCAUUUACUGAAAGCACAUCAGAAGUCAAGAGACCGCUGACACCUGCUAGAGUCGAUAGCGCCUGCCCAUCAAGACUUGAGAAAUUCGAUCAAUACUUGUCAUUCGUGUACGGUAGCCAUAAAGUUCCAGAGGGCGGGGCUACUUCAACCUCAUCUGUAACUAAGACUUGCAGUGCUUUGCAGAACUGCGCCACCAAGGAGAAAAACUGCACGUUAAGUCAUCAACAAGAUGAAAGAAAAAGUGUGACAUUUGCUUUUGGUACUACGGAGAAAUCGGAGUGA